AUGAAGUCAAUAAUUCAAGAACAUAUCUAUGGAGCUUACAAAUUUCUCCGAAAUGUCUCAGACGACGAAAGCGAUCAAGAAGCUGCAGAAGAAGAUAAAGAAAAUAAUCAUGCCAUUUCGUCCAUGGAAGAGGAUGACCACAACAAGACGACCAACUUGCAAACUUUCUGGAACAUUUUUAAUUCAAACCAAGGAGUUGCCAUAUUGGCAAUGCCAUAUGUUGUCAAAAGUGGAGGUUAUAUGGCUCUUUUCAGCAUACUUGCCAUAGCCUUUAUUUCCAACUUUACCAAUAAGAUUCUGGUGCAGUGUCUGUACGAAUAUUCACCAGAGCAGAUCCCAUUCCGAGUUCGAAACAGCUAUGUCGAAAUCGGAGAAGCGUUUUCGCCGAAAAUCGGGCGACACCUGGUCAACGCGGCGCAAAUGUUUGAACAGCUCUCGUACUGCACGGUGCUGUUGAUUCUGUGCGGUUCCAUUUUGGCCUCCACGUUUCCCUUCGUGCCGCUUUAUCAAAGCCAUUGGACAGCGUUAGGAGCCAUGCUUCUGCUUCCAAACAUCUUUCUCAAAUCUGUCAAAGAAGUGUCGUGGGUAAGUUUCCUGACGGUCAUGAUCGGAGGAAUCAUUUACCUCACGGUCACAAUGUACGGCGUCCUUCAUCACGAGCGCUGGAAUUUUGCAUCACUACCCGAUUUCAAGCUGAAGAGCUUCGGUGCAGCUGUCGGGAUCGUUGUUGUGAGUUAUUCAUCGCAGCCUUACAUGCCAGCAAUUGAAGGUAGCAUGAAAGAGCCCCAAAAAUUUAGCGUUAUAAUGAACGUCACCUACAUGGCCAUAACCUUAGUGAAGGUCAGCUUUGGCCUCAUCGGAUAUCUCACGUUCACUCAAGACACAGACCAAGUCAUAACCAACAAUCUCCCCAUCGGUGGACUUCAUAUGUGCGUUAACCUACUCGUCCUUCUUCUGGCCGUUACAUCGUUCACAAUACCAGUGUACACAGCAUUCGACACUCUGGAAAACAUUGAGUUUCCCUGGUGUAAAGUAGACAGUCCCAGCCAGGCAAAAGACACAAUUUCCUACGCACAGGCGCUUGCAGCGCGCUUGUGUAUAGUUUCCUUUACUUUAUUCGUAGGAGUGUUAGUUCCUCACUUUGGUUUAUAUCUAGCUUUAGUCGGUAGCUUUACAGGAAUGUGUCUAGCAUUUAUUUUUCCGGCGAUUUUCCACAUGAAAAUCUGUUUUUCUAGAAUGCAAUGGUACGAUUUUGUUGUCGAUUCAGCAGUCGCCUUCUUUGGGCUGGUUGGGGCAAUUAUAGGUUGUCAUUUUUCAGUUUUAGCUCUGAUCGCAGAGUAUCAAAAACACGAACUUUAA